CGCCGGCCCGGGCCGGGGGCGGGGGGGGGGGCGGUGGCGGGCAGGGGCAGCCUGGCGCGGAUCCGCGCCGACCACGAGCGGGCUCUGCGGGAGGCCAAGGAGACGCUGCAGAAGCUGCCCGAGGAGAUCCGCGGGGACAUCCGCCGGGACAAGGAGAAAGUCGCGCAGGACGCCCGCGGCAGGAAGGAGCCGGCUGCCUCCGGGCUUCCCCAGCGCCCUUUCCGCCCGCCCGUGGGCGCCGCGGGGCAGGAGCCCGCCGACCCCGCCGUGCGCCAGCGGAGGGCCAAGAUCAAAGAGAUGAUGAAACAUGCCUGGGAUAAUUAUAAGCGUUACGCAUGGGGAUUAAAUGAACUGAAACCCAUAUCUAAGCAAGGACAUUCAAGCAAUUUAUUUGGUAACAUUCAAGGAGCAACAAUAGUGGAUGCCCUUGAUACGCUGUACAUCAUGGAAAUGAAAGAGGAAUUCAAGGAAGCCAAGGACUGGGUUGAAAAAAACUUAGAUUUCAAUGUGAAUGCAGAAAUUUCAGUAUUUGAAGUGAACAUCCGUUUUGUUGGUGGACUACUUUCAGCUUACUAUCUCUCAGGAGAAGAGAUCUUCCGAAAGAAGGCAGUGGAGCUUGGAGAGAAAUUGCUACCUGCUUUCAACACUCCCACUGGGAUACCUUGGGCGUUGCUUAAUAUUAAGAGUGGAAUCGGUCGAAAUUGGCCAUGGGCAUCUGGUGGCAGCAGCAUUUUGGCAGAAUUUGGAACUUUGCAUCUGGAGUUCGUACACUUGAGCCACCUGUCUGGAAACCCUGUAUUUGCUGAAAAGGUAAUGAAUAUUCGAAAAGUUCUAAAUCGACUGGAUAAACCAGAAGGCCUUUACCCCAACUAUUUGAAUCCCAGCAGUGGCCAAUGGGGCCAACAUCACGUCUCCAUUGGAGGGCUUGGGGAUAGCUUUUAUGAAUAUUUGCUCAAGGCAUGGCUGAUGUCGGACAAGACAGAUGAAGAAGGCAAGAAAAUGUAUUAUGAUGCUGUUCAGGCCAUAGAGACCCACCUCAUACGAAAAUCAAGCGGGGGCCUGACGUACAUCGCUGAGUGGAAGGGUGGACUGCUUGAGCACAAGAUGGGACAUCUCACUUGUUUUGCUGGAGGCAUGUUUGCUCUAGGAGCAGAUGGAGCACCUAGUGACAAGACAGGCCAUCACAUAGAGCUUGGUGCUGAAAUUGCUAGGACUUGCCACGAAUCCUAUGAUCGUACAAGCAUGAAACUGGGACCAGAAGCCUUCAGAUUUGAUGGUGGUGUUGAGGCCAUUGCUACAAGACAAAAUGAAAAAUACUACAUCCUGCGACCCGAAGUGAUAGAGACCUACAUGUACAUGUGGCGGCUCACUCACGACCCAAAGUACAGGCAGUGGGCAUGGGAAGCUGUAGAGGCACUGGAAAAACACUGCAGAGUAGAUGGUGGCUAUUCUGGCAUCAGGGAUGUUUACAAUAAUCAUGAAAGCCAUGACGAUGUGCAGCAAAGUUUCUUCCUUUCGGAGACACUCAAAUACUUAUAUUUGCUGUUUUCUGAUGACGAUAUUCUUCCAUUCGAACACUGGGUCUUCAACACAGAGGCUCAUCCGCUCCCUAUUCUUCAUAAAGAGGAUGGAAGUAAAGAAGAAAAACAGAAGUAGAUCAAGAUAAAGUUUUACUUUGUUUCAUUCCUUAAUGUUUUUUUUUCCAGGACUUGGACACGUGAUUUGAUUUAAAGUUCUUAAGUUAGAUUUUUAAAUCAAGUGUUUUGCAGUCUGUUUUAUUUUACAGUAAAUAUUUAUGAAUGGAUCUAAACUCUUAAAACUUCAGUCCUCCUACCCAGCUGAACCACUUCUUAGAAGAGAAAUACAUCUCUCCAGAUUUUGUUAGGCUGCUGUGUCAUCUUGGCCAAAAAGAGCAGAGGGUCUGCAUGUUACUUGUUUCCUGUUAUGCUUUUAAUUUGACUGCAAAAUUCUUUUCUCCUCUAUGAGGAGAUGUCUGCUUUAAGCUGUAAUAUUUUGCCAUGUUGCAAAAAGCCAUAUUGAAUUAAGUAUGAAGAGCUUUUUUUUUUCUUAUUAUUUUGUUCUAUGUUAAUUUGUUUUGUGUGUCAUCCAAGACAAAUCUUGUGACUGUGACAGCCUCUUCUUAUGCGGGUCUAUCAUUAGUUGGUAAUGUAUCUGAUGUAUUUCAUUGUCAAUGAAGUCUACAUAGGAAUAUUUUCAUCUCAUGCAGACACAACUCUGAAACUGCAAUAUAUGUUGAAGUUUUCUAAACUAGUUUUUAUGGGUUUAGCACAUUAGUUAUCAGAUCUUAGUUUUUCAGGUUCUGAUUUAGAAUAUUGUGAAAGAAUAAAUUGUUCCUUCCCUUUCUAAGUGGAAUUAUUCUCAUGUCUUUAGUCAGGCUAAUUUAGAACAAAAUAAGAUAAUUUCUUAUUAAGAAAGGGAGUCUUACCAUCUUUAUAUAUUUAGUCCAGUAGCUUUCAUUUGGUUGGAUGGUAAAGAGACAAAAUAAAACUACUCAGUGAAUUUCUCCUUGAAGAUGAGCUGAGAAUUAUACCAGAGGCAAUUUAUUUGGUCUUCUUUGACUUUCUCAAAUACUCAGAUUGGUUCAGACCUGACACCAGCCUUGGUAGUUUAUUGUCACAAAGCAAUUUAACGUACCUGAGUGAAUAAAAUCAGACGUUCAGAUGCCUUGAAGAAAACUUGUCUCCUUCAGCGAGGAAAUUAUCUGGCAUAGAUCUAAAACUUUCUGAAAGCACCUAAUUUCUCUAAGUGGCAGAAAUGCAGAGUAUUGAAAAAUAUUCCUUAGAUUAUAACCUAGUUUACUAAGAUAAGUAACAGCUUUGCCAAAAAUGUUUUACUUUGUGGUAUCACCAAAGGGAAAAAAAAUCAGGCACAAGUAAUUCCUUUUUCUACUUAAGUGUAGCUUGGAGCUGUUUACAUCAUUUUUAAGUCCACAAGUGUUCUCAUUCAGUGGCAGGAUGACUUUUGUACGUUUUGAGUAGGGUAUAACACCUGGCUUCCCAUUCUGAGAAAGCACAUUAUCGACUGUUCAGAACCGUAUUUGUUUUGGUGCAGUCGUCAUCUUUGAACGUAGCAAGCUAUCUCACAUGUCCAGCAUAGCUGAUCGGAGCUGAGGGAGCACAUUUGCUGAGGCAUUACAGAGUACAUUUCACUACCUUUUUCUAUACUGAUAGAGGUCUGCAGUGUCGGCUUUACUUACGUGGAAGCCCAGAGCAAAGAUAACUGAUGACUUUUAUAUAUAUAUAGCAGCUGGAGGCUGACCCAUAAACUUUACCCUCUGGGGUGUGUAAAGAUAGCGCUGCCUAUCUGGUUCCACCACAGACAGAGAAGACAGCGUCUGCCACACGAGCUGCCAAAAACCUUUCUGUAGGGGGCAAGGCAAGAACAUCUCCAGUGAUGCUGAUCCUUCCAUCAAAGGACUGACAGAGCUCUGCAGUCAUACAUGAAAGUUAAUAGAAGGACCCUGCUAAGCCUGUGCAUCCCAGAGCAGGGAGAAUGAACACAAAUAACAUCUGCCUAAUAUAAAGCCUGCUUAGAUGGAAUCAGCAACUUGGCUUGAGACUUUUUGUUUUAGGGCUUUUUUUUUUUUUUUUUUUUUUUAAAGUACGGAUUCUUUCAUGUCACAGUAACAGCUUCAGAACAAGUGAGAAUGAAUCGUUGGCUCUCCUAUGCUGAAAAGCAGAAUCCCCACUUAUUUUGAUAAUGAAGAAUUUGUAUCUUUGAAAUACUAUAGUAUUUCAUUGUAUUUCUUCAGAAACUGUAUUUAUAAGGGACUUUUCUUUUCUUCAGUUACCACAGGAAAAUUAUAGCUAUCAAAUAAAACAAAAUCCCCUUCCCUCUUUAACAAGAAGUAAUAAUUAUUUUUGCCUUAGUUAUCUUUAUUCGGUCACCUGCUGCUGCCUACCACAUGGUUACGCAUGUGCUGCUAUAGGCCUCAGAUCAGUUAAAUAACUGCAAUAGCUCAGACAAAAGUCUUUGAGAAAUAUGUUUUGUAAGCCUCUUUUUACAUGUUUUUCUUAACCACAGUAUGCUUCCCCCAGAUGUGUCUAGUGAUCUUGUGUUUAUUUAACAAGCUUAAGAGAAACAAUGGAGAGCCAAAUGGCUCUUCUCCUUGUUUCAAAAAGCAGGCAUACAAACCUCUUGUAUGUGCUGGGUCCUAUGUACUUAAAUAUAUGCAUCAUGACUGUUCACUUGUAAUACAGACAUUCAGUAUGAAUUUUAUUUUAUUUUUUAGUUUGGGAGUUAUGAUGAUUUGAAAGAGCACAAAUUUGAUGUGACUGGUAUUGGUAUUCAGGUUGUAUGUACAAACUGCACUAUACUGUACUUAUUGUAAACAAAUGUAAGUAGACGAGAAGAUUGUACAAUGUGUAGAUCUGCCAAAUGUAAGAAAAAAAACUUUUCAUAAACUGAGAAUAUAUUGAUUUUUCUUUUUUUUUUUUUUAAAUAACCCCAAAACACCAAAGCUAGAGCAAUCAUUUUGAAACAGUCAGUACUUACCAGCGGUUGUUAGAUUACUAAGAUAACAUUCAUUUUAUUUCCCAUUCACUUAAGCAGCUGUGUGGAGUGGCUACCGAUGGUCACUUCAUGUUCCCAGUCAUUCAUAAGAGCAAAAGAAAUUGCUUUAAGGGGGGGGUAUUACCUUUGCCUAAACACACUUGCCUAUACUUUUUCCAUUUCUUUGUAGCAAAAUAACGCAUUUAAAUCUGCAUAUGUUAAGUCAUAAGAAAUAAAUCAUUUUAAAAGGCACCCAUGCUGUUUCAUGGAAAAAAAAUUGUUUUGAUAGUUUGUGAAAUAUGUAUUGCAUACGUGUUGGUUGUACACAGAUUUUACAAUGCCCAAUGGCUCACGGUUUCUAUGGUGACUUCAUCAUACAUAUUCUCCAUUUCUAUGAGGCAUUUAAAUUGUUUUUGAUUUGUACAUACUCCAUUUAGUCUUUUCAUCUUUAUAUAAAUCCUGAAAUUAUGGAAUACAUAAUAGAUCAAGAUGCUUAAUUUUUAAGAACUUAUAUUUGUAAAAAUUUCUCUAUUGUGAAUAAAGUCUUU